AUGUCUCCAAACUUAAUGAAAAAGGUUAUAUUUUUAAUGCUUGCUGCCGUUGCUGUUACAGUAACAGUUGCACAGGUGCCGCGAAAAGGGAAAUCUAGAAACGCGGAUACACAAAACCCAUACAAGAAACCAGAACAAAAUCAAGAUAAUGCCGUGCCACAGAGCCCGUUCACUCCACCUCAUGGGGUAGUAGUCAAAGAAGUGAGCACCAAAAUACCCGAGGUUUCAACAGCACCACCUGCUGUGAAAGCUGUAGAUUUGAAGACUACUGACGAGGACAGGCCAGUUUCAAAUCCUGGAAGUCCAUUUAGCCCUCCAACCAGUAGCAAGUGGCAGGAACAAAAACAAACAGCGCGCCCAAGCGCGGGAGGAAAUAGAAAACCGCAGCAGCAGAAACAGCAUAUCUCCAACGGAAAAUCUUCGCAAUGGCUCGACUCCUUGGAAGAGAGACAAAGAGACAAUGUCGGCAGCAUCCCACCGUUAGCCAGUAUCGAUGUCGGUGACGUCAACAAGGACAGCAACAAGUCCAAAAAACGCUUCAAGGUCAAGCCAAACACUAGCGUUUAUCAAGAGAAAGGUCAAAGAGACAUCCACGAUGCAGAGCCGGGCGCCACGCCGUGGACCAGGUACACGGACAAACCCAGGAUCAACGAGGAGGUUUCAGGCUCUGGCAAAGCUAAUGCUCGAUGUGGAAAAUUCAAGUACAACCCACGGAACCAGAUCUGUUGCCAAGGAAAAGUCCUGCGUCGUCACGGGGUCAGUCCGGCUUGCUGCAAGGGCGAAGCCUACGACACAGUCUUCAAUAAAUGCUGCAAUGGAAUCAUCUCUGUACGGACUAACGGCCAGUCUGACUGCUGA